AUGAUAUAUUUAUUAGUUACGAUACUAAGCUUUCUAGUAUUGCUAACACAAUAAGUGAUUGAAGAGAUUGAAUUAAAUAGUUAAGCUAUCUUUAAGAAUUGUAUAUAAUCAGAGAAUGGUAAUUGUAAAUUAUGUAAAACAUCUACAUUUUUGUUUAAAUUACCUUAAGAUAAUGUUGAAUUGAGUUUGAAAGCAGGUACAUAAAUUUGUGUAGAAUGGUAAAUAUGAUAUUAAUAUUGAACAGUCCAUAUAAUGGUUUUCAUGAUAAGAGUAAUUUAUAUUGUGGUGAUUGUCUUGAUAAUAGUUAGACUUGGGAUUAAGAUCGAAUAUGCAGUUAUGAUUAUAAGACAAAAUCAAUAGAAGAAGAUUCAGUAUUCCAUAAGGUGAAUAGAGAUGGAAAAUAGUUAUUUUAUGUUAUUGAAUCAGGUUCAAAAGAUGUAUUUAAUAUAUAAGUACUUUAAGUACACAACGACAAUGUGUGAAGGUUGUUAAAAGUUUUGUAAAUCAAAGAGUUAAGUAUGUUUCCAAGUGUCAUUAUAAUAUUAGUAUGAGAUAAAUAACCUUUAUAUCGAAUGUAUGGAAGGUAUUUAAAAUAUAUAAAAUAAAGGUUUUGCAUAUAAUGAAGUUAAUGGUGGAUGUGAUUCUUGUCCUGAGAAUUGUUAAUCUUGUGAAAUAAAUAAUUUAAGAUAGGUAGAUAGUGAUGGUAGAGUCGUAAUAAAUACAAAAAAGGAUUGUUUAAUUUGUAAUAAAGGAUUUAGUUUAUUGACUACAAGAUAAGAAAAAAAUAGUGUUAAUACUUAAAGUUAAUGUAUUCCAUGCUUUUCUGGCUGUCGUGAAUGUUUCUUUGGAAAUAAUGAUGUAGAUUUAAAUACUGAGCCAUGGGAUACUUAUAAUAAUUUUGAUGAAUUAAUUUUAUAACCAAAUAGUUAACCUAGUAACGAAGCUUAUAUUAAAUUGGGAAUACUUGGUAUAUUUUAGAGAUGUACUGAAUGUAUCAGUACAACUUAAAGCACAUAUAUACCAUCAUUAGAUAAAAAGACUUGUAUUAGAUGUGGAACAUCUUGUAAAACUUGUGAAUAUGUUUCAUAUACAUUAAGCAUUGAUAAAUAGUAAUUUAAUUAAUAAUAAUAUUAUUUAUAGUCCUACUAGGAAUAAGAAUACUGUUAUUGAUAUUACAGAUACAACUGAAUCCGAGUAUAUUUUGAGAUGUAGAGAAUGUGAUGUUUAUCAAUAAACAUUUUUAGCAACCGGUAAUGGGUGUGCUGAUUGUACGAUUUAAUAUUGUAAACUUUGUCAUAAAAUUGGUGAUCCAUCAGCUGGAGCAGAUAGUUCUUUUUCUACUCUAAAUCCUGAUUUCCAACCUUUUGAUAAAGAAGAGUUUACAAAAGAAGAAUGUUUAUUAUGUUAAGAUAACUUUUAUCUGGAUCAAACUGGAUGUCAUCCAUAUUUAGAUUAUAUUUCAGAUCCUAAUGAUUUGUAAUCAAAUAUUCCAAAUAAAUGUUUAACAUUUCAAAUGGAUUCCAAUAAUAAACCUUAAUGUAGAAGUUGUGAUGUUAAACAAACACUUUUUCAAUCAGAAGAUACAGGAUUAUGGUCAUGUGAAUAAACAUGUUAAGAAAAACUAUAAGAUUAUUUAUGUUCAUCUUGUUUGUAUAUUAAUGAAACCUAUAGAUGCUUAUAUUGUUUAGAUGGUUUUUAUGUUGAUAUUCAGAGUGGUAGAUGCAAACCUUGUUCAGAGAAUAGUUUCUGUAAAGAAUGCUAUCGAUUUUCACUUCUUAGUAUUCAUAGAACUGAGUAUUAUUUAUAUACUGAAGAUGGUGAAGAUUAAAUCUAUGGUCCUUAUUGUUAUACUUGUACUGCAGGAGACAAUGAUAGAGGUCCCAUUUUAAAUGAUGAUCUUAGAUAUUGUGAAAAAGGAGGAUAAGCUUGUUAAAUAUUUUCUGCUAAAGGAAAUCAAGGUUAUUGUGAUAUCUGUAAUUAUUCUAAAUUGUCUAGUUCAAUAACUAGAUCAUCUUCGCUUGAUCAUUCUGAUUGUAUUGAAUGUCCUUAAUUUACUAUUGGAUGUCGUAUUAGAACUAAUGAAGAAAUUAAUCUGGUUAAUAAGUUUUUCAAUCCCACUAAUCAAAAAUAUUAAGAAUAUUCAACAUUAGCUUUUAUUUGUUAAUCAGAAUCUUCUUAUUAUUUAGACACUAAUCUAGGUAGAUGUAUUUUAAAAAAAAAUGGAAAUUAAUUUUGUGUACGUUCUGAUAUCAUUAAUAUUCAAGCUGAUUGUACUCAUUAUGAAGAUGAUUUAGAUAAUGUUUUGAAAAUUAAUUCAUAAUUUAAUGAUAUUACUUAAAAAAAUACAUUUAUUAAUUUAGAAGAUAAAAUAAACAUCUCACAAAGAAAUUAAUUAUAUAUUGAUUACAAUGAAAAUGUUGUUAGUAAAUUAAUCAUCAAUCUUAUAUUUUAAUAUGAUUCUGAUUCUAAAAAUAAUAAAUGCUUUUUUUAAAAAAAUACCUACUUUACUACUAAUUUUAGAAGAAAUGUUUUUACUUUAAAAGAAAUUGAACUUCGCAUCUCAGUUGAUAAUGCUCCUAAAAAUGAAAAAAUUUAAUGGUUUGUUUAAAACACUAUUUAUUUUGAAUAUUUUACUACUGUCAAAUUAAGCUAAAUAGAAAUCUUACCAGCUACUGAUUUAGAUCCAUUGAAUAUGUAUACUAAUAUUCAAAAAUACGAUAAACCUUUUGGAUUUGAAUUUAUUAAAAAUGAUGGUUCUAAAUUAAUCCUUGAAAAUGUUAAAAUUAGUAAUGGAUUAGCAGAAGAUCAUUAUUAAUCUUAAUAGUAUAGUACACCUCAUAGUGAAAUAUCUCAUAGUCUUAAAAAAUUUAAACCUUUUUACACUAUUCUACUCAAUAUAUAUGAUAUCUAAUUCUAUAAUGUAUAGGUGAUGUCAUAAAAUUAUCUAUUAGGAAGUGAUGCUACUUUCUAAACCAAAAUUUUUGGUCUAAUUUAUGAUGAAGAUAUUAAAUUACCAUAUUUCACUAUUGUUUUAGAAAAUGUUAAAUUUUAUGAUUUAUCUCUUGAAAAUUAAGCUAUUUUUGAAUUAUAAGAUAUAAAUUUGUCUACCUCACCAGAAUGGAAUUGUAAAAUAUAUUUAAAAAAUAUUUACUUUAAUGAUGUUUAUUUUAUCAAUGAUGGUGCAUUCUUAAGUACAUUAAUCACACAAAAACCUACUGGUAUGAUUUUAAUAGAAAAUCUAAAUUUCAAUAAUAUUGAAUUCAAUAAUUCAAGAGGUAUAGUAAACUUUUAAACUAUGCAAAAAGUUUCAGUAUCUGGUUUUGAAAUGACCAAUAGUAGAGUAAAUUAUACUACUCUAUUCUACAUCACAACUAUUGAUAUUAGUUAAGUUUAUGUAUAUAAUACAACUUUUACAUAUUUUGGUAAAAUAUUUGAAACUUAAUUUGAUAUUAUGACAAUUAAACCAUAUGAUAUUGAAUUUUCAGGUCUAAAACUAUAAUUCACAGAUUUGGAAUUCACAUAAAUUAAUUGUCUUUAUCCUGCUUGUAUAAUGUUAUUAACAGCAAUAAAAAAUGAUUAUGAAUUGCCUCUUAAUAUUAGUAUAAAAAAUAUUAUAGUUAAAUAAAUCUAAUCUGAUGGAUUUAAUGAAACAAUAGUAGAGGCUGCAACAAGCGCGGCUAUAUAAGUUUAAAGAUCAAAUAAAUUAUAAGUGCAGAAUUUUAAAAGUAUUGAGAACCCAAACUUAACAAUUUUUUAUACGGAUUAAGUUUAGGAAAUCAUAUUUAUUGAUUUAAAAUGUUCUCAGAAAGAAGGAAUGACAAUACGUAAUAAUUAUUGCGUAUUUUUUAAUAAUUUCUAUAGAAUGAUUAAAUUAAUAGAUAUUAAUCUAUUAAACUUGAAUGGAAUAGACAAUUCAUUUAUAGGGAUAUCAUCUUGGAGUAAUCUAGUAUACAAUACUAGUAGUGAAUAAUUUCAUGAACAGAUUACAAUUGAGAAUGUUAUAGUAUAAAAAUGCACAAUAACAACAACAGUAUUAGCAGUACCAUCAAGUGCAAUAUUGAUUGAUUCUACAUAAGAAUAAUCUUUAUUAAUAAAAAAUCUUUACUUUUAAAAUAAUAGGCAUUAUUCUGCAUCGUACUUAAAAGGUACUUUGAGACCCAGUAAUCCUACAUUUUUAAUUAGAAGUGUUGUGGGAUCCCUAAUAUUAUAGAAUUCAUUUUGGAAGAAUAAUUAUGUAAAUGGAUUUGGAGCUGUGUUAUAUUUAGAAUGUGGAAUAUAGAUUGUGAAUAAUAUCACUAUGAUAAAUAGUAAUUACGAUCCUACUUAAUUAAUUAAUCAAGAUCCAUAUACAUAUGAUAUAAAUAAAAUAGUAGAAGGUGGACAUAUAUUUAUGGCAGGCUAUAACAUAUAAUUAUUGAAUUCUUAAUUUACAAAUUCAACUGCUAAAGUUGGAGGUGCUGUCUACUUAAAAACAUUGAAAGAAGGGUAUGGAUAUGUGAAUAACACUGUAAUUACAAAUGCUUAUACAUCAUUAGAUGUAGCAGUGGUUUCUAGAGGCGGUUGCAUUUAUAUUGAUUCAACAUAUUCAUAGUUAAAUUUAUUAAUGGAAUAUAUGGAACUAAGUAAUUGUAUAGCUAGAGCAGAUGGAGGAGGAAUCUAUUUGAUAACUUCAGACCGUCAAUAAUUAUUCACUAUUAAAAAUUCAUUUAUUUCUAAUUGUUAUGGUUUAAGUGGUACAUCAAUUAAAAUUAAAUUUGAUGAUCGAACUUAAUAAAUACAGAAAACAAGAUUAUAGGAUGUAAAAAUAUCUGGUAAUUACACAAAUGCUCUCAAUUUCUUUAGCAAUCUGAGUAAUUUUUAAAUUAUAGAAGAGUUUUUAUUAUUAAAGCGAUUAGCUGCUUUUGAAUAAAAUAAUGGUUAAUUUGAUAUUGAGAAUAUUUAUAGCGAAGGAUUAUUUUUUUAUGGUUUGAUAUCAUUAAUAAAUCCAAAUUUAGUUAAAAUUAAUAUGAUAGAAUCGUAACAUGGUAUAUUAUCAUACAGACCCUAUAUUGAGAUAAUAGAACCAUUGAUGAAUCCAAUAGAAAUUGAUUCAGUUUAAUUCCGUAACAUUUCCUCAAUGAAUGUAAGUGUGAGUUGUACACAAACAACACUUACAAACGAAUAGAAUGCUUAUUGUAAGAUCUUAUUAUCUCGAGUUGACUUUCCUGAAUAUAUUAUUAAUCCUGCAAUGAUGUUAAUAGAUUAGAUUACUUAACACACACCACUAUUACUAAAAAACAUAUUUGUUAAUAGAGUUAAAUGUUAAGAGUGUUAUGGUGGAUUAAUUUAAGUGAUGAGAAUAUCGAAUAGUGUAUUAAGAUAAUUAGUUUAAUUGACUGCCUGUCGAUGUUCUAACUCUUAGGCUGGAUAUUAUGGAUGCUAUAUGUUAUCAUCAGCAUAAUACUAAAAGAUAUUAAAAGAUGAAGACAACAGAAUCAAAAUUCAAUUUAUGUCAUCACUCACUUUAGAAAAUAUUCAAAAAUACACUGGCUUAAAGAGUAGAAGAAGGAGAUUACUUUAAGAAUAAGCUUAAGCUGCAGACUUUAAUUAUGUAGUGCCAUUUCCUACCUAUCUUGCUCAUGUAGUGAUUGAUUCAAUGAAUAUUUAAGAUAUUAAAGCAGUUCAUGGAGGAGGUCUAUCAAUUUAUGGAUUGACAGUCAAUAUCACAAAUACUUUUUGUACAUAAUCAGAAGUAAGUGGAUAAGGAGGUUGUAUUUAUUAUGAAGCUAUUCCUAAAGAUGGUAGAGUUGUUUAUCAAAGAAUUAGCAUAGCUACAAGUGUAUUUUUCAAGAAUAAUGCUAGUAUUGGUGGUGCUAUAAGAGUGAAAGAGAGUGGAAUCAAUUAGUGGAACAAAACAGGUAAUACUAUACUAUAAAAUUAUGCUACCUUAUAUGGAGAUGAUGUUGCAGGAUAUCCUACACAUUUAGGAAUACUUAUUGAUGGAAAAUUGUAACAAUCAAGUAAUCUUAAUAAUAAUACUGGUUGGCUUCAUUAUCCUUUAGUCAUCAAAAGUGGUUAAUUAAUGUCAGACUUUUAAAAUCAAACUGUUUUAUUAGUUUAUCUAAAUUAAAAUGAAGAAAUCAUUAAAUAUUAGUUUGAUGCUUAAUCCUACUUGAGUUCAAAUUUUACUAAUUCCAUCUAGGGAGAAUCUCUAAGAGUAUUUAAUCUAGAUCUGUAAGGAUUUGAUUACUCAAAUUUAUAAAUUCUAUUCGACCCUUAUCAAAAUAUUACUCUAGAUGUAACUUUGAAUAGUUCUCUUGUUAAUAUUCCACAUUAUCAUUCUGAAUAUCCAUAUUAGUUAAUAGGAUUUGAUACUGGAUAUACACUUUAAGCCAGAGUUCGAUCAGUUGAAUGUGAUCGAGGAGAAGCAUAUAAUCCUUAACAAGGUUCUUGCAAUCCUUGUCCUAUUGGUUAAUAUGUCUUAGUCUAUAAAGGAAUUUGUAAAUAAAUAAAUGAAGAAUCUAUGAAUUUUACUGUCAGAAAUAAAAUUAGUAUGAAAUUUUCUUAUUGGAGACCUGAUCAUUUAAAUGACAAAGCUGAAAAAUGCAAAAAUAAACCUAUCAAUUGCUUUGGAGGAUAUAAUGUUGGAAAUGAUGUAUGUAUUGAAGGAACUAUUGGAGCCUUGUGUGAAGAAUGUGAUAUUCACGGUGCUUUUUGGGGUUCUAAAUACAGUACAUCUGCUAAAUAUGAAUGUGGUACUUGUUAAGAUAAGACCAGAAAUCUUAUCAUGAUUAUUAUCUUAUCAAUCUUUACCUUAUUUACUACUAUUUCUUCAGUUGACGCAAAUAAAGAGAGAAUAAGAAACUGGAUUCUGUACAGUAUUUUUGCUAAAUUUGGUUGGGCAUCAUCAUAAUCUGCAAGUGGGAAUGUAGCAGUGCUUAUGUAAAUCUUAAAUAAUCACACUCAGAUUUUAUCUAUUUUGUAAGGAUUUUAAAUAGAAAUUCCGAAUCAGGCAGUAGAUUCAGUAAAUACUGUAAGCAUGCCAGCUAAAACAGUAGGAAAUGCUUUAGAUUGUUUUUUAGAAGAAGACUCAUGGAGCAUUGAUUUAAUUUACUUUCGUAUAAUUUGGUCAUUAAUCAUGUAAGCAAUUUAUAUAAUUGCUAUUUUUAUUUUGAUGUUUAUUAGAGAUGGAAGAAAAGAUGAUUUCAAAGUUUUAAAUAAUUUAUAUACUAUGAUUAUUUACUUGUUUCUUUUAUUACAACCUAACUAUAUUAUGGAGUUUAUGACUUUGAUUUCCAGUCGUUUAAUAUCUGGAAACUUGUAUAUAAUGGCGAAUGUCUCAUAUAGAUACGAUACUUUCAAACAUGAUUAAUGGAUAGCUGGUUUUGGUGUACCUGGUUUGCUUUUUUGGUUACUUAUAUUACCUAUUGCAUUUUGGUAUCCUUGCUAUUUAGGAGCAUAAUAAAUGAAAUUGGAUUCUAUUAUUUUUAGUCGUUCCUGGAGUUUCUUCUAUCAAGAAUACAGGAGAGAUAGAUAUUACUGGGAAUUUAUUAAAAUAUUCUAUCGUUCUCUUAUUAGUGUAUUAAUUUGUUACUUCUAAGAGGAAAUAAUUGUUAAAGUAUUUAUUCUUGAUUAUUAUUUUAGGGAAUACUUUCUUUUUUUGUAGUUUAUGCAUAUUAUGGAUUGAGUAUUCAUUUUAAUCCUUAUAAUCUAAAAGCAUAAAAUUAUUUAGAUCAACUCUCUACCGUCAUCCUUUCACUCUCUUUAGUAAUAGGAGUAUUCCUUUAUAGAACAAUAGAUAUCGAUUUCUUUGGUUUAACUUAUGCAGGAUAUAUAGUGAUUGCUUUGUUAAAUGCAAUAUUCCUAUUGCUUUUCUUCUUAUAUGUAUUUGAGGACAAAAUAAAAGAAUUAUCGCCAAAGAUAGAUGAAAUCAGAGAUAAAAUCAAUCUAAGAUAUCCACAUCUUUAACAUAAUCCUCGUCUUAGACCUUUUCUUAUUAAUCAUACUAAAUUAAAUCAUAAGGCUAGAAUGUUAUGGACUCAAUUAAGUAAAGUUGUCAACUAAAGUAUAAAUAAGUGGAGAUAAGAUAAAUCUAAACCACUUAUUUUUUAAAGAUAGUAAAAUAUUAAUUUUUAUUAUAAGUGUUGAGACUCCUGCUAGUGAAUACAACAAUAAGAUCAAUAAAAUUCAUUAAGAAUUUGAUUCUUCAUAUGAAGGAUUAAAUUUAAUUUAACCAAAAGAACUUGUUUAAAAUUCUGAAGAGAAAUUUGAAGAUUUAGUUAAAGAUAAUAAUUGAG